UCAAGAUGGCGGACGACACGAAGGACGGAGGUUUCAAGGUAGACAUUGAUUUGUACGAGAAAGGACGACCAAAGUACACUAAAGAGAGUGUAGAAUACCUUUUAAAGCAAGUAGGAGUAUUAGGCAAGGAUAAUGAUAGCGCUUUGACAAUCUUGGAACUUGGUGCCGGCACAGGAAUGUUCACAAAAGUAUUGGUGGAGGCUUUGAAAGGAUUCCCCAAGAUUCGUAUCAUCGCGAGUGAUCCACAACUUUUGAUGUUAGAGAAGCUCAAGAAAAACAUACCAGGGAUCGAAGCAAUGCAGUUCCUAGCGGAAAAGAUUCCCUUUCCAGACGAGAGUAUUGAUAUCGUAAUUGCAGCUCAAUGCUUCCAUUGGUUUGCAAAUGCACAAUCAGUGGCAGAAAUACACCGUGUACUGGUCCCUAGGGGGACUUUUGGUAUGAUAUGGAAUUCAAGAAAUCAGGGGGUAGACUGGGUUGUCAAAACACAAAAAAUCAUUGCACCAUAUUUAAGGCGUGAUAACAACCCUAACAACCUGGAUAACACUUGGAUGGAGCCAAUAAAGAGUAGUCAACUAUUUGGAGAAUUACAAGGGAAUAAUGACCUCUGCCUGGACCAUGAGGGUAGUGCUGACAAUAUAAUUAAUACAAUCAUGUGCAUAAGCUCAAUUACUAAGUGUACAGAUGAAGAGAAGAAAGAUAUCAAGUCCAAAAUCCUAGAUGUUCUAACAAAUCAUCCAGAUCUAAAAGGCCUUACUAAGUUUAAGCUACCUUACAUAGUCCCAAUAUACUGGUGUACUAAGCGUUGAUGUAUACUGCUGCUGUUUCGAUGGCAAUGCCAAUCAUUUACAAAUUCAAAUCCAUAACUGAAAAAACAUUUUUUUUUGUAAUUUGAAACCUUAUUUUUUCAAGUCUUGAACCUGACUCUCACAGUAGUGGUGAUGAUGGUAAUGAUAACUGAUGAUAAUUAAUAAUGAUGAUGAUAAUGGUGAUGGUAAUGAUGGUAAUAACCUUAGCUCAUUGGUGUGAUGAUGAUGAUAAUCAGAGCUUAAAAUAAUGGUAGGUCAUUGGAAAAUGUCUAUCCAGAAUUGGAACUUGUAUAGUCAAAUCUUAUUCUUGUACCCAGACGCUUCUCAUUGCCUUGCCAGUCAUUUUGAUCAUUAACGUUGAGCCAGAAACGAGGUACGACUACUAAAACCAAUUUAACUGGCCAUUAUUUUAAGCCCUGGUUAUAAUAUAUAUGAUAAUUGUAGUGAUGCCAAUGACAUUGAUGUCCAAUUCUAUUAAUUUAGGAAAAUUAAUGUAGUAGUUAAUAACAGCUAAGUUUUAAUGGUUGCAUUCAAAAAAUCCAAUAUUUUUUCCAAUAAUUAUGUUGUUGCCAGAGAUGGUACCAAAUAAAUGGGCCCUCAACCUCAGCUCUUUGGACUCUUAGGUUUGCAUAAAACACUGGCCAUAAAUUUGGAAAGCAUCUUACCUUCAGAUUGAAGUCCUUUUUGCUAAGGGAAUGAAGCAGUUUAAAUACAAUUCAUAAGUAAUUUUAUUAGAUUUUUAUAAAGUAUUUUUAAAUUUUAAUAAUAACACUUUUAUAGAAAAGAUUACUAUGCAUCAUGCAUUUGAUUCAUAAUUCAAAUACAAAUCUUUUUACAAGA